UGCUCGCGGCCCCGGCCAUGGAGCUGGGCGGAUCCGAGGCUCGGCCGAGCUGAGGCGGCGGCGCCUGUCUGCUCUGCCCGCUCCCCGGCGCCUGGCCCUCAAGAUGAUGAAGAAGAAGAAGUUUAAGUUUAAGGUGGACUUCGAGCUGGAGGAACUCUCCUCGGUGCCCUUCGUCAACGGGGUCCUCUUCUGCAAGAUGCGGCUGCUGGACGGCGGCAGCUUCACCGCCGAGUCCUCCAGGGAGGUGGUGCAAGCAAACUGUGUUCGCUGGAGAAAGAAGUUCUCGUUCAUGUGCAAGAUGAGUGCCAGCGCCUCCACGGGCAUCCUGGACCCUUGUGUCUACAGAGUGUCUGUGCGGAAGGAACUGAAAGGUGGCAAGGCUUAUGCAAAGCUGGGCUUUGCAGAUCUAAACCUGGCAGAGUUUGCCGGAUCAGGAAAUACCACCCGCCGCUGUUUACUGGAAGGCUAUGAUACCAAAAAUACAAGACAGGACAAUUCCAUUCUCAAAGUUUGGAUCAGUAUGCAGCUGAUGUCUGGUGACCCAUGUUUUAAAACACCUCCCUCCACGUCCAUGUCAAUCCCGAUCGCUGGAGAAUCGGAGUCUUUGGAAGAGGAUAGGAAAGGUGGAGAGACUCUCAAAGUGCAUCUCGGAAUAGCAGAUCUUUCAGCAAAGAGUGCCUCUGUUCCAGAUGAACUUGGUGCCUGGGGACAUUCUAGAACAUCAAGCUAUGCAAGCCAGCAGUCCAAAGUAUCAGGGUAUAGCACGGGUCACUCCCGGUCAUCCAGUUUCUCCGAGUUCUGCCACAGAAGAAAUACCUCAGUGGGCAGCACAUCAACAGGAGUUGAAAGCAUCCUGGAGCCCUGUGAUGAAACUGAGCAAAGCACACCUGAACCGACUCUUGACCCAGCCGAUAAAGAAGAAGACACUCCUGAGAAAGCCUCCAGAUGCCCAGUGAAGCAGGAUUCUGUUGAAUCUCAGCUGAAGCGGGUUGACGACACCAGAGUGGAUGCUGAUGACAUCGUGGAGAAAAUCCUGCAAAGUCAAGACUUCAGCCUCGACUCCAGCGCCGAAGAAGAAGGACUCAGGUUAUUUGUGGGGCCUGGAGGAAGCACAACCUUUGGCAGCCAUCACCUUCCAAACAGGGUAGGCUCUGGAGCCUAUGAGCAGGUAGUGAUCAAACGCUAGAGGGGAUGCCGGCGGCAGACAGACGCACCAGUGGACAGACGCUUCCCUGGGGAUGUGAGCUAUGGACACCAGGUGUUUCAAGGUGUUUUAUCAAGCGUGUGAGAAAAGCAAUGAACCUGUUUUCAAAGCAAAGUUCAUCCGUGCAGAGGAAAGCAGUGCUGGCUCCUUCUCUGAGCACCCCCCAACAUCCGUCCCAAGCCACUCGCCCACUCUUCUGGGAGCAGAGUACCCCCCAGCAUCCUUCCGGAAGCCAUCGCACACCCUUCUCGGAGCAGAGCACCCCCCAGCAUCUGUACCGAGCCACUCACCCACCGAGAGAGCAUGGGAAUGGAGGGUAAAGGCCUGGCCUGCCUCAGCACCCCAUCUGAUUGUAUUUUUUUUUUCAAAUUUUUAAGUAAUCAACUUUAAUUGCAUGAUUUACAACAGUUGAAGGGUUUUGCUUUCUGUUUUCGAGUUUUACAGAGGGGGUGGGGCAGAGUAAGGAAGAGAGCAAGGGAAGAAACUUCGGACAUUUGCCUGUGAGAGUCACCUCGCUGGCCAUCCACUUGUCCUUCCAAGGCACCUCAGAGGAUGGCGUUGGACACGUUUGAGUGUGAUUUUGGUGUCCCAAGAUAAAAAUCCAAGGCAGGGGCACUCAACAGCUCUGGGCUGUGUUUAAAUUUUACAUUUAAGAGACAGUGUGGGAGGUCAGUUUAAACCCAUAAAUGCUAUGCAAAUAACUGUAAUUCCUAUUAAGUAACUCUUCCAUGCCCCACUACCUUUAGCAUUGUCCUAAGCAUAUUAACGCCUUUACACAAUAACUGACAGAAGGUGGGUGUCUGUGCUUUGAGACUUAAAACACUUUAAGUACUCUAUAUUUCUAAAUGUUUCUGACGUAAGUCAAAGGGCAAGUGUGCCCAAGUCUGAGACAGCUGGACAGAAGGAGCGCUGAGCCUGUGCCUCUGCGGCAUAUAUUAUCCCUGUCGUUACUGUCAGAUGGGCUGCAAAAGUCCCAGCCCUGUAAGAGUCAAGGUGAGCUUACUAACGAUCGGGAUGUUAGCUACCGUAGGCAAGCUUGGAGAAAGCUCAAUUAUGAUCCAUCCAGUGCUGAGACGUGCUGGGCUCAGCAGUCAGAAGGAAGACUGUGAGAUGCUCAGACUUCCACGAACUGACCCUUACCAUGCCGUGCUAAUGGACAGACGUCUGAGCGGCUGCUGGAUUUCACUGACGCCAUGAGACUGGCACGUUCCUAUUUUAGCCUCUUUGACCAGAGACUGUUUUCUUUGCUGUGUCAGAGCUGAGCUGUGUGAGGCCAACGUAGACUGUAACAUACCUCUACUACAGCUUUUAGGGUGCAAAUAUCUAGUCUGGAUCCAUGUUACCAGCACAGCACACAGCUGAUUUUGACAGUACCCAUGUAGAAAGAGCUGAAGAGAAGCAUGAGGUGGUACAGAGCCAGCAAUGCCCCGGCCCCCACCUUCGCAAUCAUGUCUGAACACACAGUAGGUCAGCACCGACUUACUGUGGCCAAGAUCCUUUUAUGUUGACAAAGUAAGAAUAGAGUUAUGUUUGAAUAUCCAGAUUGGGAAGUUUGGAAAAGAGUGGAAUUGUUCUUGUUAGAAUUUGCAUUUUAAUAUCGCAAGAAUCAGGUAGUCUACAUUAAUCCAAAACUGUUGUUACAAAUAGAUGCUGAGGUUUUUAAACAGAUGACAUCCCAUUUUAGAAUGUUGUGAAUACUGAGAGAAGAUUUUCUGAAUCAUGCUAGGACACGUUUGGAGGUUGGGGCAUUGACACGGACAUCUUUCCCAGGGAAGAUGCCAUCUGAACAGGUGAGGACGUGCUUCUCAAGGGGGCAGCUCUAUUGUACGCUACAAAAAGAUCAAAGGACGUUUUAACCGAUACUAUUUGAGAUGUUUAUUCUGACAAUUUUAAAAGCAUACUUUUCUAUUUUGAAAAUAUGAUUUCUAGGCUAUAGUUUUACUGGCAUUUCUGCAAAUUAUUUUGGAUCCCAAAUUAAUCACACUGGAUUGUGGGCAUGGCUCACCGAAGCCUCUCGUCAGACACAUACAAGGUGCUGAAGGCAGGGCAGAGUCGCUGUCGUACUUAUCCUAGCUGCCCUGGGCCCUCUGACUUUACACAAGAUGAGGUCUUGGCAUUUUAAAUGAUACAGAAUCCUUUUCAGUCGGUAGAGUGUUUGCCUGGACCGCACAAAGCCCUGGGUUCAGUCCCCAGUACACAUAACUGAGCGUGAUGGUGCACGCCUGUAACCCCAGCACUUGGGAGGUGGAGGCAGGAGGAUCAGAUGCUUAAGGACGUUCUUGACUCUGUAGGGAGCUAGGGGUCAGACUAGACUGUAGGAUGCCCUGUCUCAAAAAGGAAAAAGGAAAAUGUGAAGAGAUCUUGAAAACUGUUUUUUUAAAAAAAUGCCUUUUUUUCUUUUAGCAAUUACUAAAUAAUCUUGACCUAUAUAUCAUUACAUAAUAAAAAAAAUACUUAGUAAGGAGCGACAUUGAGUAGGAAGGGGAAAGACUGGCUGUGAUGCUAUAGGCAGCACAAAUCUGGGGUCUCCUUCCCUAGUGUCCAGGGUGUCAUCUGCAUUUCAGUGCAGCCCUUUCAGAGGGGUGAAGGGAUGCUCAGAUGCUCUCCUAAUCCUUACUUCCUGCAGGACAUCUGUUGUCAGUCUCUCAGACAGGAGGCUAGGUACCAAGUCUACUUUUAAUUCUGCUUUGAGCUUAGAAGACAAUGGACUUGGGAAAGUAGAGGCUUACCAAGUUAUUCUUUUACUAUUUAGGCCAAAUUUUCAAGUCCAAUCUUGGAGAACUUUUAGGUAUGAACUGUUUUCCUCUUCCGUCCUAGAGAAAAGACCACCUGCACUCUUUAAAGCUAGUGUCCAUGACCAGAAGAGAACAUCUAAAAUACCUUGUUCAGAAGAAUGCACAGGCCAGUCGGUUGCGCGUCUCCUGCCUCAGGCUGGUGCCAAGGCCAGUGGCGACAAGACCAUAUAGGAUGUAAAGCCUAGGAGAAGGCAGAGGAGGCCCUGAACCAUCAGUUUACGCUUGAAUGUGAGCUCCCUCUGGUGGUGGCAUUGAAGGCUUCUGAGGACAGACAACUAGUGUAGAUUAACACUUUUGCUAUUAAAGUCUUGACCAACAACCCUAAAUGCCACUAUCUCAUUCCAGCAUAAAGCCAUGAGAAUAAUAUCCAAACUAGAUUCUUUUCUACAUGUUUUUGUGUUUUUAGUCUGUUGUUUGUUCUUUUUGUAUAAAACUGUGAGCCACAGAAGUUGACCACUUAACUUCCUUUGUUAUUAGAAGGGGGUGGGGAAUCUUCAACUACUCUCCAAAAUGCAUACAAAUCCAGUCUCACGCCUGUAAUCCCAGCACUUGGGAGGCUGAGACAGGAGGAGCUAUGAGUUCAAGGAUAGCCUGGGUUACACAAUCUACUUGACUUCAAGGGCAUUCUGGGCUCCAUGGUAAUCAGGAGCCCAAAAUGAGACCCUGACUCAAAAAAAAAAAAAAAAUCAAGCAGCACUGAGUUCCGGUGAAAGCAUCCAGAAGCAACUCCAGACUCUCAGACUUCCAUGUUAAAUAAACCACUUUUGAAGCAUAAGCUGACAGUUUCCUUAACUAUUUCCCUGAAGCGUUUCCGAAACCCUUAGGCUUCUGUGUUUAGCACAAAUCCCCGAGAGACACAGUGAGCUCUAUGACAGGAUUGUAUUGUUUUCUCUACAGGUCUUUCAUGCAAGCAUUUCAGAAAUCCAGUUCUCUUAGAUGGUACGUCUUCUGAAUAUAACCGAGCAGGGUAGCUGGGACUGCAUUAGGUCGCUGUGCGUAUUGGCUUAGCUAGGUGCUGUGCAUAAUCCUCGCAGAGGAGCUGCGAGGAUGAGAUGCUCCUGUAGUCAGCCUAAGUUAGGACUGCCCUGGAAAUGAGGCCGUAUUCCCUUCAUCAGAAAACGUAUACACCAACUGUUUUAAAAAUGGUAAUACGGGAUUACCAUAUGGUAAUGUGUCUCCCCAUAAAACAAAGCAGAUAAAAAUUUUGAUUUGCAAUGUGCUCUGUAUUUUCCAAUGUGUCUGUAUAGCUUACUUAUCUUAACUCUUUUGCCAAUAUUCAUCGGCCAAAUUCAGUGUAAGGAAAGACAGACUAUAGAAGAAGUUGAUGAGUUUUGACAGUCUGACUGUGUUAUUUCAGUCAUUUGGAGUUUACACAGACUGUUCAUGAAAACGUGCUAUUAGUAACUGAGGAAUAGCUCAGCGGUAAGGAACGUUCCAGCAUGUGCAAGACCUAGCAUUGGUCCUCGGCACUGAAAAAGGAAAAUGAAGUGAUUCCGUCAGUAUUCUGUCCUAAUACUUGGAGAAUGACCUUCAUGUUUAUAUACUUUAUGUCUUAUGUUUUAACUAUACAGUGAUAAAAUCCAGGAAAUGUUUUAUAACAAAAUAAACUUUUGUUUGUAAAAUGUUUGUAAUAAUGUAAAAGUGGAUCUUAUACAUGGUCAAUAAAAAGCAGUAUCUCAAAAGUC